AUGCAAUCUUUACGCAAGCUGAAAGAUAGGAAGAGAGCUCUUGCGCAGCAGACUACCAUCACUGUCAGCACGUCCGUUGAUGUUAAGCUCAAGACUCAGGCAUUGGACAUUGCGAACCUUAAGAAGGAGCGUGAUGAUAUCAAGAAGGAGCUACUUGAAAUCAACAAGGCGCGAGAGGAGGAGCAUAAUGAUCUCGCGCUCAGGCUGGUACAGGUGGAGGGAUUGUCUACUCGCGUUGAUAGCCUCACGAACAAAACAGAGACCCUCAACAUUGUAAACGCCGCGGCCAAGCCUCUAGCAACCCGAUUAGAAGCAUUAGAGCUUUCGGCUGCCGAACUUCCAAGCUUACGACAGGAGUUGCAGGACCUGAAAACUGUGCCAGAACGCUUAGCUGCAGUAGAGAGCAAGCGAACUACUCAUCAGGCGGGACCAGAGUCGAACGGUUCUGACACCCUCGGGGAAUCGCAGCUGAAGCCGCUAUCCGACAGGCUCGAUGGUCUUAGAACUACCUCUUCACAGCAGGCGAAUCUUAUCACGGAGCUGAAGAUGGCGACAGCACUACAGAAGACUGAAGUUGAAAGUCUGAAGACGUGGAAAAACGCGCAGCCUACACCACUAUCCGAACACACUGUCAGAGAGCUUAUCACGGCCGAGACCAGAGCAACAGCCAAGAACCUAAACGACAAAAUCAAGGAUGUGAACAGCCAGCUUUCCGAACGCAUCACCAACCACCAGGACGUGAUUCUCAGCCUCCAGACUUUCAAGGAGACCGUUGAGAGUAAGAACUUCUCUGAUCAACUCAACGCUUUGAGCGACAAGAUCAAAGCAGUUGAGACAAACGACGACAAGACGUACGCAAAGGCCGGCCGUCUGCAGAAGAGAAUCGAGGACAUAGAAGACGAGCUCAGCCCAGAUGGUGUCAACAGACUGAAAGAUGUGGUAGAGAAGGUAGAGAAGCUCAAGAACAGGGUGGAUAAAUAUCGUGAUGAUCUUGUCGAGGACCGGGAAGAGGCCGAGGCUAUGCACAAGGACCUGAAGGAUGCGGAAGAGGAUCUCAGAACCCUUCGGGACAAGUACGACGAUCUUUUGAACGAAAUUGAUACGUACAUUGGACCUAUCAAGAACGACUACAAGAAGACAAACCUCACCCUGUCUCAAAGGGUUGCGAACUUGCAGAGCAAUGUUACCCAAGCUGAGUUGGGAAGGCUCCCUACUCGCCUCAGCGAGCUGGAGAAAACUGCACGUCUUACAGAGAAGCUUCCGGGUCGCGUCGAUGAACUAGAAAAGGCUGCACGAGGCCCUCACUUUAAGAAAGUUGGGACAACUGUUGCGCCUUCUUCUCCUGCUCCAAUCACUCCACCGGUGACCAAUGCAGAUACAGAGGUACCGCUGCUCAAGGAAUCACUGCAGAAGCUUCGCAAAAUUGUUGACGGCACCGGUGGCCUGACGACCCAGACUAAGACAAUCUUCGAGCGACUGAACAACAUGGAAGCCACUCUGGCUAGUGCGCGGCCGCUCGACAGCGUCGAACAGAGUGUGGAGACAUCGGACACGAUCAUGGAUAAGACCUCAGUCAAGACGCUGGAAAAGGCGGCGGAAAAGAAGGUCAAAGCUCUGAUAACGAGCGAGCGCAAGGCUAUCGAAAGGGAUGUCGACGAAGUGAACGCCCGCCUCUCUCAAGAGAUUAAGGAUCUUCGCAAACUGACGGAAACUCGUAUGGGAGAGAUGCAAGCUCUCCGCAAUCGAUCGCGUGAACCCGAUUUCGCGGCGUCGUCAGCUGAUGUGAGGACAGCGCCUUCCGAAAUGAGCGAUCUCAACCGCAUCACAGGGGAUAUUGAAACGCUGUUCAACGAACUCGACACUACCAAUGCCACUAUCUCGGCUGUACAGGAGGUCGCACCCACCCUCUUCAACGAACAAUUCGACCCACUCAAGCGCAAGGUUGAAGAGCAGCUCAGUACCGUCACUGCUACAAUGGAAACCCACGCCCGCAAUCUAUCAGCUUUGAUGGAACAAGUAUCAAAGUCGCCUACACAGCAGAAUGGCUUCGGCCCAGCGCAACAAGAUCGGCUCAAUACCAUGUCGACAGAAGUAGCGUCGUUGAAGACGGGUUUGGAAACUCUGCGAUCGUCUCUGUCGACCAAGGCCGACUCUGCAUCGGUGGACAGAGAGCUGGAUAGUUUCACCUCCGCAAUACGCAACAUGGAGAGCCGAUACGAGAACAUCAGCACCGACACCUUGUAUCAGGGCAUGGUCCGCUGGUUUACCGAAAUGUACCCCGGUCUGCCACGACUCCAGGAAGACAUCCACCAAAUGCAGAGAUGGAUACAGGGUCGCGCGAACCUUCUCGACCGCCUAGACCAGGACGCUACUCAACUGCAUAAUCUUGUGAACAUCGCUCCGCACUUGCACGAAAUUGCCAACAUGAGUCCGCAGUUGAAACAAGUGGCCACCGAUGCUGCUCAACUCCAGUCGGCUAUCCAGGCUCAUGGCGAGAUGGCGGCUAGCUCUAAUGCCAGCCUGGCAAUCUCCAAGGCUGAGGAGGCAAUGCGUGCAGCUAGUAAGGCCGAGCAAGCCAGCUCUGAUGCACAAACCGCAAGCGACAAGGCCGAUCAAGCCAGCUCUGAUGCAAGCGCCGCGAGCGACAAGGCUGAGGAGGCCAUGCGUGCAGCUAGCAAGGCCGAGCAAUCCAGCUCUGACGCAAGAAGCGCGAGCGACAAGGCUGAGGAGGUUAUGCGUGCAGCUAGCAAGGCCGAGCAAGCCAGCUCUGACGCAAAAGCCGCGAGCGACAAGGCCGAGCAAGCCAGCUCUGAUGCAAAAAUCGCGAGUGAUAGGGCCGACCAGAUUGAGCAACAGCUUAAUGAGCAGAUCAAGACGAUCGAGAACAUCAAGGGCUCAGUGUCUGGAUUACAAAUUUCUUUGCGGAAUCUGCACUCGGCCACAUCUCCCUUCGUCAAAGCGGAGGCUCUUGACGCCCUGCAGGCAACUGUCAAGACACUGCAGACCCAAAUAGGUCAAGAAAAGCAAGAACGCUUGACCAGCACAGGAGAGCUUCGCACUGCCAUCGACGCUGAACGUACCACACGCGUUGACGAGCAGGCUAAGACCAGAAAGUCCAUCCAAGACCUGAGGCAAGCGAUCGAUGUGGGCAAGAUCAGGAAGUCUAUUCAAGACCUGAAGCAAGCAAUGGAUGUGGACAGGGCCACUUUCGCAAAAGCUGACGUAGUGACUGCAUUGGAGGGUACACUGCGAGCCUUCCAAUCCGAGAUCAGCGACACUCAAACGGCGAAUUCCGAGGCCAUUCAAAACCUGCGUUCAGCAUUCGACACCGACUGCAGCAAGCGCGACACUACGGAGGGAAAUCUCCAAAAGUCCAUUAAGGAGCUGUCUCAGACACCUGCCCGAGCGCCUACCCCAGACAAUGUUCCCUUCGACAACUUCAAGCGUGUCGUGGUGGGCAAGCUUGCCUCUGAGAAGAAAGCACGUACAGAAUUCGAGGAGAACUUGAAAUCAUCUUUCGGCAUGGUUGAGGGCAAGAUCACAGCUCUACGGCAGGAUACAGCGAAGUACAACAACGAGGUGAAACGAGUCUCAAGUGACCAUGACACCGCAAAGCAAGGGAUCUAUGACCAGCUCGCCGACAUCAACACGGCGGCCGCCGAGUUGCGAGAAGCUUACGACAACACGGUCAAGACGUACAUUGAGCCCAACAGCGAGUUCUUCGGCUUGAUCGGUACAGCUUUCGUAGUCCUCUCGCAACUCCAACAAGUCGUUGAGAGCCUGAAUCAGAACCUCCCAGUCGCUCCGUUGAGAUUGGAAUGGGACUACUACCUCCCCAGCCAUGGCCAGCCCUCUACCAACGGCGAACCCAGCAACUCCAAAGGAAAGGGCAAGAGCAAGCAGUAA